AUGACGGCUCCACUUGUGAAACCCAGAGUUCUGCAGGACCCAUCAGAUGUUAAGGAGAAGCAGAUUAUUAAAGAAGCUUCUUUAGACCACAGACCUUUUGCCGACCUGCAUGUCCCAGACCAAAUUAAAGGCAGAGAGCUUCCAGGAGAGAAUGAUGGAAAAGAAUCCAUCAAGACACAAGAUCAUGGAGAUGCUUCUAUUUCUUCAGAGGCUGAAGACACUAAGGAGCUUGAAGAAGACAGUGACGUAGAGCACCCUCUCUCUGAGCUGAAACACUUGUCAGACUCUGGAUAUAAGAAAUGUUUUACAGGGAAGAAUAAAUGUAGGAAAGGCAACACAGGAGUUAAGCUUAGCUGCAAAGACUGUGGCAAAACAUUUAUGGGAAAAUCAGCUUUAAACAGACACAUGAGAAUACACACAGGAGAGAAGCCUUUCUGUUGUGAUCUGUGUGGACAAAGAUUUAGCGAAAAGGGAACUUUAAACAGACACAUGACAAUCCAUACAGGACAGAAGCCUUUCUGUUGUGAUCUGUGUGGACAAAGAUUUAGCAUAAAACGUUCUGUAAACAAACACAUGAGAAUCCAUACAGGAGAGAAGCCUUUCUGUUGUGAUCUAUGUGGACAAAGCUUUAGCCAAAAAUCGAAUUUAAACACACACAUGAAAAUCCAUGCAGGACAGAAGCCUUUUUGUUGUGAUCUAUGUGGACAGAGAUUUAGACAAAAAUCUUAUUUAAACAGACACACGAGAAUCCAUACAGGACAGAAGCCUUUCUGUUGUGAUCUAUGUGGACAGAGAUUUAGACAAAAAUCUUAUUUAAACAGACACACGAGAAUCCAUACAGGACAGAAGCCUUUCUGUUGUGAUCUAUGUGGACAAAGAUUUAGCGAAAAAGGAUCUUUAAACAAACACAUGAGAGUCCAUACAGGACAGAAGCCUUUCUGUUGUGAUCUAUGUGGACAAAGAUUUAGCAAAAAAGGAUCUUUAAACAAACACAUGAGAAUACACACAGGAGAGAAGCCUUUCUGUUGUAAUCUAUGUGGAAAAAGCUUCAGUCAAAAAGAAAAUUUAAACAGACACAUGAGAAUCCAUACAGGAGAGAAGCCUUUCUGUUGUGAUCUGUGUGGACAGAGAUUUAGCCUAAAAGAAAGUUUAAACAAACACAUGAGAGUCCAUACAGGAGAGAAGCCUUUCUGUUGUGAUCAAUGUGGACAGAUAUUUAGCAUAAAAAGUUCUUUAAACACACACAUGAGAAUCCAUACAGGAGAGAAACCUUUCUGUUGUGAUCUGUGUGGACAAAGAUUUAGCGAAAAAGGAUCUUUAAACAAACACAUGAGAGUCCAUACAGGAGAGAAGCCUUUCUGUUGUGAUCUAUGUGGACAGAGAUUUAGCAUAAAAGGUUCUUUAGACAGACACAUGAGAAUCCAUACAGGACAGAAGCCUUUCUGCUGUGAUCUAUGUGGACAGAGAUUUAGCAUAAAAAGUUAUUUAAACACACACAUGAAAAUCCAUGCAGGACUGAAGCGUUUCUGCUGUGAUCAGUGUGGACAAAGAUUUAGCACCAAAUCUGAUUUAAACAGACACAUGAAAAACCAUACACUGCAAGACAAGGCAAGUUUGUUGUUUAGUACAUUUCAGUACAAGGACAAUGCAACUGAAACUAAGGGCAAAGAAUGAUUUUUAUAAACAAUUGGGCUAAAAUGGAAUGCAUGGGGGACCAGGGACACGUCUAAAGGAAGUAUGACAACAGUUACAUUUAGUUUUGCUUUAUGGGCAGUGGGGAUGAAAGACCAAAAUGUGUUUGUCUUCAAUUGCUAGCAAUCAAGCUUUGUAUCUGGUGGUGCAGCGCAUCACAAUAAGUAAGAAGCCACACUCAGUUGGAAUGAACUUUGUGUUCAUUCCAGCUAACAAUUUAAAAACUGCCCUGCCUUAAGAUGACACGGUGAGGAGAAGAAUUAAAGAACUAUCUGCCGACAUUCAGGUACAGUUAUUGGAUAGACUUCUUUCAUUGAUGAAUAGCUGUGACUGUGUGUAACAAAGCCCGAAGAAAAUUUUUACAAGAAUUUUUUUUGGUUUUCUGCCAAAAGUUUGAAAAUAAAUGGGGUUUUUUUUGUGCUAAAAUGUAACCAAUUAAAAGUCUUUAAUCUGAUAAAUGGACCAAAUAGGGUUCACUGGAUUGUCUUUCAGUCUUCUCAAAACUUAUUUUCUUGUAAGCUUGAAUUUGUUAUAUUUAAAGAAAACACCCUGUAAAAAAACAAAACAUACUUUGAAUAAAUGUUUUCUGUAUUUAAAGCGAUAAAAUCUUUUUUUUAUUCCUUUAGCAUAUUGGUUAGUGAUCGAUCAACACAGGCUAUCUAUCUAUCUAUCUAUCUAUCUAUCUAUCUAUCUAUCUAUCUAUCUAUCUAUCUAUCUAUCU